AUGAGGAAGGAGAUGGACGAACUGAGGAACGCCAUUAAGGAGAAGACAGACCGAAGUGUAGACAGAAUGGUAAGGGCCACGGAUUCGUCUUUCACCACGGUGGUACUUGAAUGCCCUGUACCGUCGAAGUUUCGCUUACCUCAACUUGAGCCGUUCGACGGACUCAGAGACUCUCAAGAUCACCUUAAUACCUUCAAGACAACUCUAGGUCUUCAACAGCCACCAGACGAAAUACUGUGUCGGUCCUUUCCCACCACUCUCAAAGGAGCUGCACUAGAAUGGUUCACAAAGCUGCCGACUUCGCCCGUAGACAGCUUCGAGCAGUUGAGCAAUGCCUUCUUGCGUCAUUUCAUAGGGAGACAGCGUCCAAAGAGGCCGGCUGACCACUUACUCACCAUUAGGCAGGGAGAGAAGGAAACUCUGAGGUCGUACGUGAAACGCUUUACUCGGGAGACUCUGGAGGUGGACGAAGCCGAUGAUAAGGUGCAACUGACAACCUUCAAAGUGGGACUGAGAUCCAGAGAUCUCGUGGCCUCCCUCGCAAAGAAUCCACCAAAAACAAUGGCAGAAAUGCUCCUGAAGGCACAGAAAUACAUGAAUGCUGAGGAUGCUUUAACAGCCAUAAAGGAUGUAGGGAAGCCAGGAGACAAGGCAAAGAAAGAAGAUGACCGUAGGGGUCAAAAAAGAGAGCAUCCAGAUCGUCGGAACAAUGACGGGAAUAGUAAGAGAGAUGAUAAAGGUCCUCAGACGGACGAGCAUUAUCUCAAAUGGCCAAGACCAUUGCACUCAACCCCCAAUGUCCGUGACAAGAACAAGUACUACCGAUUCCACAAAGAUCACGACCACAACACGAAAGAUUGUAGAGACCUAAAGGAGCAGAUAGAGGAGUUGAUACGGAAAGGGAAAUUACAGAAAUAUGUGAAGAAGGGAGAAUAUAGUAAGUUCAGGGAUGGUAACAAGAACCAACAUGGGUCCUCUUCCCGAGAUGACGAUCGCCCGUCCCAACCUCUGCAGGAUGUGAUCGGGGAGAUAAAGACGAUUACAGGAGGGCCAUUCUUAGGGGGAUCAUUUAAAUCCCUCAAGAAAGCAUACCAGAGGCAGGUAAAUAGUGUCCAUACCAUACCCCCGUCUAAGCAGCGAUGA